UGGGUUCUUUGAUUUUUGAUAUGGGUAUUUAUAAUUUCUCCAAAUUUUUGAUUUUUGUUCAAGAACUUUUGAUGGGUAUUUUGUUUUUUUGUUCUGGGUUGUUGUUGUUUCUCUGUUUUAUUGCUUGAUUGUGUGAAAAAUGGGGUUUUUUUCAGCUUGAAUUUCAUAUUAUGGGUGUGAAAUUAUGUACAUUUUUGGUGGUAUUUUUUAUUUUUUAUUUUUUUUAACGUUUGUUGAGUUUUAAUUUCAUAGUUUUGCCAGAAGAGAAUGAAAUUUAGAAAGGCAAAUAGAAAGAAAAUGACAACAGAUGCUCAAAUGGGGUUCACCUAUGUAAAGAUUGGUUCUUUUUUUGUCGAAAUAUUGAGACUAAAAAACAAGGCAAAACGGCCGUAUUAGAACAAGGCCCACUUAAUGUCUAUUUCUUGGUUUCAUUUGAUUCCAACUUUCUAUGUUUGUUUUUGUUCUUGAUUUUUUCCCCUUUUAAUUUCUCUCAUUUUAGACCACUUGUUUAGAAUUGCUAAGGAAAAACCUAUGAUAGUGACAUGGAUGAACGAUUUCUUCAUUCUAAAGACAAUUGGUAUCUAGUUGUUGUUAUAAUUUUGGUGCACGCGGGGUCACGAAAUUAUCCAUGAUGUAGAUGAGAUUCGAUCUCAGGUUUUAGGGUACCUUAGGUGGGUUUGUGGGAUUGAUGUAUGUUAAGGGUUUUUGUAUUUAUAUAAUUGGUUUUAGUUUGUAGGACCCCUUUCCCCUGCCCUUAAAUGGUAGUUAAAAUUGUUCCCAAAGGUCACUGAUCUUUCACAUGAACGAAAGAAUGACCUACACUAAUACACUAUUAUGACACCCUUUCCUUUUCUCCUCCUAAAAUUCUUAAGGGGGUGUAUAUGUGAUUAUGUGGUGUGAAUGAAUCUUCCCAAAUUUUGCAUCUUUGAUGUACAGUCAUGAUUCAAUUUGGUAGGUCAUAUUAAUGUAUACCUAAUGUGGGUGUGUUGAUAAUUGAAGUCUGCCCCGUUUAACGUCGAUUUUUUUGGGCCAUGUUUGUUUGGAAGCAUUAGGCUUGUGUAGUUAGUUGUUAGUUGUUUCGUUGUUUGAGUUCGAGGAAUGAUAAAUCAAUCUCCGAGAUUAGACAAACGCUCCUAUUAACUGUGUUUAGCAUAGUUUAUUCCUGUUUACUGUUAAUAUUUGAUUGAAAUCAAGUUGGCAUGGUUUGGUUAUAAAAGUGAUAGACAAUCAUUAGUAUUAUUGGGUGACAGAUAGAUUUAACAAAUCCUUGUUAAUUGAUGAGUAUUAUUGAUUAGUUAUCAUUAAGGGAAAUGUGUGUAUUUUUGGGGAUAUUCAUCAUGAUUUUAACUGUAUGUGGGAAUGCUAGUUGGACCACGCUAAGGUUGAAGAUCGUUAUACUUUUAACUGUAUGUUUGAAUUGACUGCAGUCAAAGCAGCCAUUAAAUAUAAACUAUAAAGGUUUUUGGAAUUCAGGGCAUAUUUUCCAUUGCAAAGUCCUUAAUGGUGUGGUCUUUGAUUCUAUUUCAAUGACUAUACUAUAUAUUUUGAAAAGCUAUAUUACAAACAAGGUCACAUUUCAUUGAGCUUACAAGGAUUUUUUUGAAAUGAGGAGUUCCCAGGAUUUCUAUGCUUGAUGGACUGCUUCCCCCCAAACAUUGACAAGAAAACUUUGAAGAAGUGGUUUUUCAUUGACAGAACAGUUGGAUAAAGUGCUUGUUUGUUAUCGUACAAUUCGAUCUUGAUUCAUAGCCAUUUCUCUUCUUGAGAUUUGAAGCCUAGCUCAUUGAAGUAUUGUUUAUAGUUUCCCUAACACUGUGACUUCUGCUACGAAACUGGAUCCUAUGGACCUCAAAACUCCUGUUCUUGCUGACCCUGCACCUAUCAAAAAAUCUCGAUUAAGUUUGCAUUCUAGUCUUAUGCCUUACUCACCUCAUCCGCAACGAGCUCUCUUUGCUAAUGGAAUGCUCUUGUCAAUCCCAAGGAAGAAAACCGGUGUUUUAGAUGAUGUCCGAGCUGCAGCUUGGCUGGAUGCUAUGAAAUCCUCAUCUCCUCCACCUAAGAAAUUUCCUUAUGAUGCUAACCCUGAACAAGAUUCAUCAGAUGAUGAUGUUGCUUAUCGUGCAUGGACACUUAAUUAUCCAUCAGCAAUCACAACAUUUGAGCAAAUCACACAUUUUGCCAAGGGCAAGAGGCUUGCACUGUUUUUGGACUACGAUGGAACCCUUUCACCCAUUGUAGAUAAUCCUGCUAUGGCUUUCAUGUCUGAUGAUAUGCGUUCUGCUGUAAAAGAUGUUGCUAAACUAUUUCCAACAGCAAUUAUCAGUGGAAGAAGUCGUGAUAAGGUUUAUGACUUUGUUGGAUUGACUGAACUAUUUUAUGCCGGUAGUCAUGGGAUGGACAUUAUGAGCCCUGUGAAAGGCUCUGCUGCCUUUAAUGGGCACCCUAAUUGUGUCAAAUUAACUGGCAAGCAGGGAAAGGAAGCUGUCCUUUUUCAGCCUGCUAGUGAAUUUUUGCCUAUGAUUGAGGAGGUUUAUACAUCCCUUAUUGAGACUACUAAAGAAAUUAAGGGUGCAAUGGUUGAGGAUAACAAGUUUUGUGUUUCUGUUCACUAUCGCAAUGUAGAAGAAAAGAAUUGGAAGACUAUUGCUCUUCGUGUCCAAGCUAUACUAAAAGAUUACCCACGUCUUAAACUGAACCAUGGGCGGAAGGUUUUAGAGAUCCGUCCUGUGAUUGAUUGGAACAAGGGAAAGGCUGUUGAAUUUUUGCUAGAGUCCCUCGGGCUAAGUGACUCUGAUGAUGUGCUUCCAAUAUAUGUCGGUGAUGACAGGACUGAUGAGGAUGCUUUUAAGUUCCUAAGAGAAGAAAAUAGAGGAUAUGGUAUUUUGGUGUCUUCUGUUCCCAAAGAAAGUAAUGCAUUCUACUCCCUGAAGAACCCAUCAGAGGUUAUGGAAUUUCUCAAGGCACUUGUGAUUUGGAAGUCGAGUUCACUCUAGAUUAACCACAAACUAGAAAAAGUAUAUUCUAAGUUCUAACAUUACAUAAAUGUGAUCAGCCAAAAAAAGAAAAAAAAAACAAAAUUUUUUACCAUUACAUAAAUAUAUACAGUAUGGGAAGGAUCAAAGAAGAACUGCAACCAGUUUUGGUGCAAGGUUUGGCGCGUGCAGCGGAAGAAGCUUCAUCAUCUUUUCAGUAACAAUUUUGUUUGUAAAAAACGUCUGCGAUUUUGUAAAUCCCUCUUCCUUUGUAUAUUGCUAGCCCUUGUAUUAGAAGCAGUUGAUUAAGGUGCUUAAUUUUCCAUUUAGAGUUUAGUA